ACACACUAACUUUAGUUACUUUGCAGAUUCACAUUAAGAUUAAUAAUACAAAAUAUAAUAAACAAAUAAUAUAUCAUGAAUUAUUCCUGGUUAAGAUAAAAAUGCUGGUUUUGUGCACAAUGUGACGCGCUAGUGACAAUUCGCUCCGACCAAUCAGUGGUCAGCAGUGUUUCUACAUCACCUUUUUGUUUUGUCUCAGCUCUCUUGGACUCGGCUGAGUACCAGGUACUAUCCCGAGUAGAAAACCAAAAAAUAGCGAGACGAGUAGAAAUGGGUAAUUUGAUGCUAAUACUAUUUACUUAAAUAAAAUAUCUGAAUACUUUUUCUCCCACUGACCCUGACACUGAAUCCUAAAGGAGCUGCUCAGCAUGGUCGUUAUUGCUACACCACUUCCUGUAUGCUGGGGCAAAGUUUAGAAUUGCACUCUGUGAUUGGUCGAUGACCUCAUAUUUAGUGGGACAGUUAAAGUGACAGACAGGUUAAACGACCAAUCAGAGACGAUGCAUCAGGUGUGCUGACUGAUACUCCUCCCCCACUGACAUUGAGGGAGAAAGUUCAAAAUCUGUGCGCUCACCUGGAGAUCUCCUCUUUAUCUGGCCCUCCUGUUACACACACACACACACACCGUGCAGAGGUUUUAUACACACACGCUCACUUGGCUGUUGACGCCAUGUCACAGACACAAAGAACACUCACUCAGAAUCCUCUGGAGAAGACUUGGGGGCCAUGGAUGAAAAGCAGGCUGAGCCAACGCAGAGGCUCGUCGGUGCCCCAGUUCACCAACUCCCCCACCAUGAUAGUGAUGGUGGGACUCCCGGCAAGAGGGAAAACCUACAUCUCUAAGAAACUCACCAGAUACCUGAACUGGAUCGGAGUUACAACUAAAGUGUUUAAUGUCGGGCAGUACAGAAGAGACGCCACGCGCUCCUACAACAGCUUCGAGUUCUUCAGACCCGACAACGCAGAGGCCAUGAAGAUACGCAAGGCCUGUGCCAUCGCUGCCCUGAAAGAUGUGUGUGACUACUUCACCAGAGAGCAGGGGCAGGUGGUGGUCUUCGAUGCCACCAACACAACUCUGGAGCGCAGGGAGGUCAUCCUCGGCUUCGCGAAGGAAAACGGUUACAAGGUUUUCUUUGUGGAGUCGAUAUGUGAUGAUCCAGAAAUCAUCGCUCAGAACAUUAAACAAGUGAAGCUCAGCAGUCCUGACUACAAAGACUGUGACAAAGAGGAGGCUGUGGCCGACUUCCUGAAGAGGAUCGAAUGCUACAAGUUGAACUACAUCCCACUGGAUGACAACAAGGACAGGAGCUUAUCUUACAUCAAGAUCUUCAACGUGGGCAGCAGGUACCUGGUGAACCGGGUCCAGGACCACAUUCAGAGCAGGAUCGUCUACUACCUCAUGAACAUCCACGUCACCCCGAGAUCCAUCUACCUGUCUCGCCACGGAGAGAGCGAACUCAACCUCGUGGGUCGCAUCGGGGGAGACUCUGGGCUGUCGCCUCGCGGGGCAAAGUUUGCCUCUGCUCUGGGGGCGUACAUGCGUGGGCAGAGUAUCAGUGACCUGAAGGUUUGGACGAGCCACAUGAAGAGGACCAUCCAGACGGCCGAGGCUCUGGGAGUCCCGUAUGAACAGUGGAAGGCCCUCAAUGAGAUAGACGCUGGGGUUUGUGAGGACAUGACAUACGAGGAGAUUCAAGAGAAUUACCCAGAGGAGUUUGCACUGAGGGACCAAGACAAGUAUCGCUACCGCUACCCUAAAGGCGAGUCGUACGAGGACCUCGUGCAGCGUCUGGAGCCGGUCAUCAUGGAGCUGGAGAGGCAGGAGAACGUUUUAGUCAUCUGUCACCAGGCUGUUAUGAGAUGUCUGCUCGCCUUCUUCCUGGACAAGACUGCUCGUGAGCUGCCCUACCUGAAGUGUCCUCUCCACACGGUCCUGAAACUCACCCCCGUCGCCUACGGUUGUAAAGUGGAGUUGGUGUUCCUCAACGUUGAAGCUGUCAACACACACAGAGACAAACCAGAGAACGUGGACGUGGACAGAGAGCCGGCGGAGGCGUUAGAGACGGUCCCCGACCACAUCUAGAGGACGCAACAGGAAGCUGGUUUCAUUUCCAUCCACCCUCAUGGAAAGUGGCCUUUUUUAAAUGUUUAAUAAGUUAUCAAAGUGUUGAUUGUUGUGGUCAUUGUUGUGAAAUGGAAAAUCAUUGUGAUAUAUGAAUAUGAGACGUUUCUCCUAUGGUAGCCUAUUUCCAUUGUAAAUGCACUUUAUAAUGCAGGGCUCAGGCCAAUGUCUGUCAUGUGAAGAAGAGGCUUCCUUUACUGUGAACUCUGCUGAACCCUGGACACACGAGCAGUAUCACUGUUCGGAUAUUCUUGAACAAGCAUGUGUUUGUCUCCUUUCUUCUCUUCAUCCCAUCCUUGUCUUCUUCCCUUCUUGUACUAUUGCAUCAACCAGCGUUAAGUCAUCCAGUCGGGUCUUAACUUGAGCUGUAUGUUGAUCUGAGCCACUUUGCAUCAUGUUAUCUUGUCUCCACAGUCACAGAGGUGCAUCAUAUGAGAAUCCAAACGCAGCAGUUUGUUUUGUUUAACUAGCAGUCACAGCGGUGCAAAGUUUGCACAGUUGAUUGGGUAACAAUGCAGAAUGAGACUUUAGGGAAGAGUUCAACAUUUUGAGGAAUACACUUCUUGCCAAGCGUCGUAUGAGGAUCAAUACCACUGUCAUGUCUGCACGCUAAAUAUGAAGCUACAGCGAGCAGAUGGUUCGCUUAGCUUAGCACAAAGACUGGAAACAGGAGGAAACGGCUAGCAUGGUUCUGUGCAACGGUAAAACAACUCUUCCUGUACCACUAAAGUUCAAUAAUUAGCACGUUAUGUCUGCUUAGUUUACUUCCUGAAAUUAGGCAACUCCAUGGUGACGAGAAGACUCAAACAAAGUGUUGAAUUGUAGUUUACGUUCAGUGUUUCUCACCAAAACACAUGCUGUUCUUUACAAAUCAAACUUGUUUAUAUAACAAAUCACACGUUUGCCUCAAAGGGUUUUACAAUCUGUACAGUAGACGACACCCUCUGUCUGACCCGACCGAGGAGGGAUCCCCCUCCCUAGACGGACUGACGUGCAAUAGAUGUCGUGUGUACAGAAUAACCAACGUGAUAAAAUACAGAGUAGACAAUCAGGAAGUCAAGCAGCUUCCAGGUGUCACCAAACAUCUACGUAGAGCCACACGAUCUCUGCUACACAAACACAGAAAGAAGAAUUAAACAAACAUGUGGAAAGAGGCCAUUCUUUUAGUUAUAUCUGUCCGUCGUUUACGUCUAUGUUAACUGCUUCAUCGACUUUGUUGCACAUUAUUGUGUCUCUUAGUGCCACCGAUUGUCAAUUAGCCGGCUGAGGAAUAGUGCAGCACACAGCCCUCUGUAAAAGCACAACUUUAGUUUUUACACAUGUCAACAAAUGACAUUGAAUGUGUUAAUCAGUGAGCUCUAGAGGAGCUGGGAGGUGGACCGAGCCGGGCCAGGGGUUUCAAUUGUUUCCAUGUUUUCAUUUGUGCUAAGCUAAGCUAAUGGUGCGUUCCAUUUGUACUGGGAAGUCGGGAAUCAGAGCUCGGAAUGACGUCACACCCGAGUUGUUCCAGUAAAACAAGUUCUUGCCAGGUUAGCUCUGUUAGCUCUGUUAGCUCUGUUAGCUCUGUUAGCUCUGUUAGCUCUGUUAGCUCUUAGCAUUACCCGUUAAUAAGAAACCCGUUACAACAACACUGUUAAGCGCUGAUAGAGGACAGGACUGUGUGUGCAGCUGAUUUUAAUGAGGCAUUAAUAAGAAAGCGCUAAUAAACUAAUAUUACUUCAGCGUUCACCCUGUUGGUGUGAGAAGACUUCAGGGAAGUUCUCUCCACUUUCCGAUCAAAGGUCGCUCCAUUUGAAAUGUCCGGAAAUUCCGACUUCCCAGAACCAAAGCAGCACCUGCUGACCCGAGCCUCAUGCUGAGCGUACAGACACGAGUGACGUCAAUCUCACUCUCGUCUCACUCUCGUCUCACUCUCGUCUCACUCUCAUCUCACUCUACGUCCAAACUAUUACUGGCUUGUAUGUCGGAGUCUUUACGGAGCAGGUCUCUACAUCCACAAGAGCUACAUCAUGAGUAUCCAAAUCACACUGCUAAUUGUUUUUUGGGUGGAUGUGGUUUCGUUACUUGUCACAUAAGAAGAGAAAGAAGUUAUCACCGUGCAAACCACACACCCCCACAAGCCUUUAAAGGGGACAUUUGGCACUUUACUGCCCAAAUACCAUGAUGUGCCUCACGAGUCAAAUAAACAUGAUUAUUCUAUGCACCCUCACACACACACACACACACACACACACACACUGGAGACAGAGGUACAGUGUGUGCUGACGUAUAUUUUUAAUCAGUCAUUUAAUUAAGAUACGUGAGGAGAUCUGGUGCAAUGUGUUAAGUGUUUUUAAAAUGUUUACUUGGACCUUAGGUGAAGAUCUGCGACGCCUGUAUCACAAAGCUCUUCAGGUUCACCGGCUUCACUGAGCUGAAUACGAUGAGUCAUCAAGCAACUCACAGGACAACUCUUAAUUACAUGUCAAAUAAACAGAACCAGGAGUGGAGCACAAGGGACUGUGGUUAUUAUAAAGUGAUAGUUUUAGAUUUCUUAAUUACGUGAAACUAAUUGUUUUUAUAGAGCAUCUUUCAGACUAGAGAUGAAGCUCAAAUUAAAAUUGAACGAGGGCAAUUCGACUAUAAAAUAAGACAAUAAAAAGACAGAUGUUAAACUGUAUAAAGUCGAGUUUAAACGUCAUCGACAACAGGAUUUAAAUAAACGUUUGAAAUGCUGCAAUAAAAGUCUUAUGUAUUUAGUGUGGACUAUCCCUCAGCAGUGAUUCUGAUUCGUUGCACUUUAUUUUAAACUCAGUAUUUGAAUGACUUCUUUCUUUAAGGAUCUGAUCAGUGACUAGUUUGUGAUUUGAUGGUCUAAGUUGCAGAUUAGCUGUAAACAUGUCCUGAACUUCAUGAUACCAUUGUGAGUGUAACCCAAAGACAGCCGACGAACACUGAACUUGGUGAUACGGGCCUCCUGGUUUGUGCUUCUUCCUUUGCGUCACCUGAGGGAGCAAUAGAAAAUACAAUCUUCUCAGGGGACCGUUACCUCUUAUUUUAAAGGGAUGCACAUGACCCUGUAAAUAAAUGCAUGUACUUCUUUCCACACAAUGUGAAGUGUCUUAGUCAGAAAACUAGAAAAUAUCAUCCCUUUAAAAACACCUUCAAAUCUGUAAACGUGUGCUUUUAACUGCAUCUACAGGUCACAGCUUUGUCAAACUGCUCCUGUCUCGUCUAUUUGUGCAAAUCAAAUUGCAUUUGUGCCUGCGUGUCCUGAGCUCUGAUAUGUAGCGACUGGGAUGUGCAGCAGGUAAUGGUCUUGUCUAACAGCAACGAGCGUGUGUGAGAGGAAUGAAUGAAAAGAUAAAUGCAAUCAUUGAUCAACUAUAAAAGAUUUUAUUUUCUGAACGUGAACAAAUACCUUUUAAAGUACAGGCAAUAAAAAGGAAAAUGGAUACCUGA